CAUAGUGAAGAUGGCGGACUUGUUGGGGACCGGGCCGUCAGAUGAAAAAGAAACCGAACAUGAGGACAAGAAGGAGGGGAAACGGCCAUGGGAUAACAUACCAAAGUCGGAGAAAAUCGUUAGAACUCCAGAUUUGGCGGAAACAUUGGGCUUUUACGAUAUAAACGCUGUCAGACGGGAGCAACGUGAACGCGAAAACUCAGAUCCGUCGCUGGCACGCUUCCUGUGUGCUGAGCUGACCCGGGGCUACUUCCUGGAGCACAACGAAGCAAAAUACACCGAGCGCAGAGAGAGAGUGUACACAUGCAUGCGCAUUCCCAGAGAACUGGAAAAGCUGAUGAUCUUUGGCUUCUUCCUGUGUCUGGAUGCCUUCCUCUACGUGUUCACUCUGCUGCCCCUCCGGGUGCUGCUGGCCCUGCUACACCUCUUCACCCUGCCCUGCUGCGGCCUCCGUGGCUCGCUCCUGCUGCAGCCGGCCCAGGUGUGUGACAUCUUGAAGGGACUGAUAAUGGUGCUGUGCUACUCCAUGAUGCACUACGUGGACUACAGCAUGAUGUACCACCUGAUCCGGGGACAGUCCGUCAUCAAACUCUACAUCAUCUACAACAUGCUGGAGGUUGCCGACAGACUGUUCUCGUCAUUUGGCCAAGACAUCCUUGAUGCGCUCUACUGGACGGCCACGGAGCCCAAAGAGAGGAAGAGAGACAGCAUAGGGGUCAUCCCCCAUUUCAUCAUGGCUGUGUUCUAUGUCUUCCUGCAUGCCAUUCUCAUCAUGGUCCAGGCGUCAACACUCAACGUGGCUUUCAACUCUCACAAUAAGUCCCUGCUGACCAUCAUGAUGUCUAACAACUUUGUGGAGAUCAAAGGAAGUGUUUUUAAGAAGUUUGAGAAGAACAACCUCUUUCAGAUGUCUAACAGUGAUAUCAAGGAACGGUUCACCAACUAUGUGCUCCUGCUCAUCGUCUGCCUCAGGAACAUGGAGCAGUUCUCAUGGAACCCAGAUCAUCUCUGGGUGUUGUUACCUGACGUCUUCAUGGUUAUCGCCUCAGAGAUCGCCGUGGACAUCAUCAAACACGCCUUCAUCACCAAGUUCAACGAGAUCACGGCAGAUGUAUACAGUGAGUACAGAGCCAGCCUGGCCUUCGAUCUCGUCAGCAGUCGGCAGAAAAACGCCUGCACAGACUACAGCGACUCUGUAGCCAGAAGAAUGGGCUUCAUUCCUCUUCCUCUUGCAGUCCUGCUAAUCCGCGUGGUGAUGAGUUCAGUGAAUGUACAGGGAGCCCUGUCCUACUCCUGUCUGUUGCUCUUCUACUUGGGGAUGGUGACCCUGAAGGUGUUGAACAGUAUCGUGCUACUGGGGAAGUCGUGUGUGUAUGUGAAGAGAGCCAACAUGGAGGACAAACUGUUUGAGAGGCCCUCCACAGCCGCCCCCGGGAAGACGCCUAGUAGAACCAGGAAAACAUCCAGAUGUACAGCCCCCUCAGGUGAUCCAUCAGGUGAUCCGUGGUCCGAGCGGUCCCCAUCCAGUCCUUCCUGCACCUCCAUCACCGCCCAGCCUACCCCCACUGCCAGCCCCACCCUGCGGCCAGAGACCGUACCGCCUCCCCCCACUACUUCCACAACCCCAGCCAUCCCAGAGCCAGACCCGGACCCUGACACCCUCACCCCCUCGCCCCCUGCCACUCCUGAGCAGAAAGAGGAGGAAGGGAUGGAAGGCACAGAGCUGAAGCAUAGGACCCCUAAAAAGGACCUGCUGGAUGUUGACCGCUUCACUAUAUGCGGGAACCGCAUCGAUUGACCCCUUCUAUUGACCCCUCCCCCAAAAAGUGAUAAUCACUCAGGAGAUGCGGUGAGCUGGACGCACGCCAGCACUUCGGCUCUCUUAGCCAAAGCCAGCGGAAGCAACAUGUAUUUAUUGAGCUAGACAGACAGUAAGUUAUUGCCAUACAGUAAGCUAUUGUGGACUCUGGGAUUGGCUGUUUAAUUUAAGUCGACCUGUUGUUUUUUGGGGGCCGACAAAGAGAACUAAGUUGAUUUGGCGACGGAAGAAUUUGAGCGGUAUUGUUGUUUCCAUGACAACCCAGUCGUGCGCCUGUGUGUGUGCGUGUGCGUGCACGGACACGAAUGUGAAACAUGAGAAAUGGGGCCUCUUCUCAGAUAAACAUCCAGCAAAAGAUGAACAAACUAAAAUCAAACUGCAAAUGAGGUUUCUGGAUCAUUAUGGUUUACAGGAAAACAAUACCAUGUUAAAUUAGUUAUCUGUCAAUGUUAUACUGUUUAAUAUGGACAUAUUAGAUCGAAAUGACUGAAAUUAUAAACUAUUUGCUCAUCAAAAAGCUUUACCCGAAUAAUUGGAAUUUAGUGUUAUGAAAUAUCACGUUUGGUACGAGUUCCAUUUGGUAGUGGGAAGAACAUCUAUACAUGUGACUAUGUAGAGAGCUUUCUUUUACAGAUAUUGUAAUAUCCUUCAGUUUGAUUUAAAAUAGCCAAGGGUACCCUUCUUUUGAGGGUUUUAUGUUCGCCAUUACUACAAUUAUUACACAUAUUUCCUUUGGGGCGGCAGGAUAGCCUAGUGGUUAGAGCGCUGGACUAGUAACCGAAAGGUUGCAAGAUCGAAUCCCCGAGCUGAGAAGGUAAAAAUCUGUCGUUCUGCCCCUGAACAAGGC